GUGGGUGUAACGCAUGCAGGAAGUGCAGGUGCAUCAUCAGCAUCAACACAACAGUUGCGUGUGCAGGCAGACAACAUUCACCUCUUUUCGGUUUUGUUUUUAGACAGCGGCAUAGUGUUUCGCUCUUCCGUACACAGCGAUGGCUUUGAAUAAGAACAACUCUGAAUCCGGAGGUGUCAUCAUCAACAACAGUGAAAGUGUUUUGAUGAGCUUUGAGAAUGUGGAGCUGGUCUUCUGUGAAGCAGACUCCCUCCCUGAAGCCUUCAGGAAGAACAAGAAGGGAAGCAUAUAUCUGACUCCCUACAGGGUGAUCUUCCUGACCAAGGGUCGCGACGCUCUACAGUCCUUCAUGAUGCCCUUCUACCUGAUGAAGGGAUGUGAGGUCAAACAGCCAGUACUGGGGGCCAACUACAUCAAAGGCAUCAUCAGCGCCGAGCCCGGAGGAGGCUGGGAGGGCUCUUCCUCCUUCAAGCUGGUCUUUGCGGCGGGAGGCGCCAUCGAGUUUGGACAGUACAUGCUCCAGGUCGCAGCGCAAGCCUCCAGAGGGCAGCCAGUGGCUGGGGGCUUCGGGGGAUGCCCCUACAUGGCUAACGGGGCCUACGCCUACCCCCCUCCCCCUACCAACGGGAUUUACCCAGCUGGGCCUCCCCCGGGGUACUCCUACCCCAACCCCCCUCCUGCAGGUGCAUUCUACCCCAGCCCCCCAGCGUUUGAAGGCCCCGCUGCCUACAUGCCCCCUCCCCCCUACUCUGCCCCCCUGGGACAGCAGGCCCCCCUGCAGCCAGACCUGCCCUCCACACCCGCAGCUGAGGCCAAAGCAGCAGAGGCAGCAGCCAGUGCUAGCUGUGCCACGCUUCCCCCAACCCAUGUCUACCUACCACAGGACAAGCCCCCUCCCUACUCUCCUCCGGAGGACAAGAAGACCCAGUAGUGUUGCAGUUUCACAAACCCCCCACCCCUCCUCCCCCAUUGCUGGGAGCCCAUCCUACAAUCCCUCCUUCCCUUUGUUGUCUUCUCGCCUGGGUGAUGGUAGACCUGCUCAUUAUGUCUCUUUUGUCGUCUCCCAUACCUUCCUGCCUCUCCCCAUCCUCGUCCUCAUCUUCUCAUCGUCAUUCUCUCCUUGCCCUCUCCUCAUCCUCUCCCCAUCCUCGUCCUCAUCGUCAUCCUCUCCUUGCCCUCAUCCUAUCCUCGUCCUUCUUUUUACACUCCUUCUCUCCUCCUCCUACAUAUUCCUCCUGAUGGUUCUUGCUGUCCUCAGCCACGCUCCACCCCCUCCCCUCAGCUACAAUACAGACAAACCUGACGCCAACUGAAACACACAGCAUUUCCGUGUCUCUCAGACUGGAUGACGUGAAUGUCGUUUGAGCCAAAGUUGUCAGGUUUUGAGAAUGUUCGAGGUUGGGAAUGUGAUUCAGUCGAUAAUCCAGAUACUAACGACUUGGCUAAAACUGACCGAUUGCUGCCCUAGGCGUCAGAUGCAAAGUCAAUGUAGAUAUGGAAGAAAAAAAGAAAAGAAAGAAAAAACAUUAAAAAAAAAAUAGAAAGCUUAACAUUUAUUUCAUAUGACUGCUGAUCUAUUGAACUGGACAGAAUGAAGUAAUUACUUUGCUACUCUUUCCAGGUCGAGCUAAAUGCAGUGUUUCAUUUUUCUAAUUUAUGUCUUGAGUGUACAUGCUUUUGGUCAUUCAUCUUCAAAGUGAGAAAGAGAAUAGCUGUGUGUAGGCAGACUAGAUCUCCUGGGAAAACAGGGUUCAUCUCAACACGUGACUAACCUAACUACUACAAAGGGGGGGGGGGGGGGGGGGAGCUGAUAUUAGGUAGUAAUGAACAAUGCCAAAGCAGAAUAGCCGGUAUUGUGUCUGUCAUGUCCAGCGGUGCAUCCCUGAUCCCAGAUUAAAGCUCCCCUCUGGGGCAUCCAGGCCAGGGGUGACGCCCUGCUUUUACCCGGGGAUUAUCGUGUGUGAGAGUAUAGAUCCAAGCGAUGUCACAUCCUGGCCUGCCACUGCCCUCUCCAUGAACAUUCAAGAACACGCGCACGCUGCGUUCCGGACUCCCUGGGAACAGUCUGGAACCUGGCUGGUAGUCACAUGGAACGACAGCAGUGCUUCUAUUUCUUUGUUCUUUACUGACACACGUUUGAGGUCAAUCUCUCAAAAUCUAUUCGGAGCACCUUAGUAGUUGGGCCUCUCUCUGUACAGCCGUCUUUCUGUGUUUGUGGCACGAAUCGGGUGGCUGAUUCGUCGCACUUUCAGAACGCCAUGCAUCAGAACCCAGUUUGCUCUGUCAUCGCUGUGUGUCUAAUAAUAGUUAUACGUAAUAUAUGGCUAUUUAUUUCACUCUCUCCCUUCUAAGUUAUUUAGUAUUUUAUUAUUAUGAAUGGUCAAAUGUAUUAUUGAACUAACUAAAAGCAUGGUAUCAGUUGUGAACUUAACACAGUAUGCAUUGGAUUUUAUUAAACUGAUCUUCUGUGA